UCUCACGAUCUCUGAAUAGUUAAAACAAAUAUUUUCUAGAAAUUGUACACUGGCCAAGUGAUUUUGAAACACAGCUUUAAUCAGGCUGACCGAAGAAAAACGCCCUAGUCCAUUGAGACAUAUUCGAUGUGUCAUAUCAGGUCAGGGAAGAGAGUUUCAGUUGCCCAAAUUGCACUAGGACUUACAAACAUAAAGUCAACUUAACUUCACAUAUGAAGCACGAGUGCGGUCAGGAGCCGAAGUACCAUUGUCCUUAUUGUGCCUAUAAGUCGAAACGUCUCGGCAACCUCAAGACACAUCUUUUCAAUAGACAUAAUGACAAACUGUUUCCAGGGUCUUCAACGAACCAAUCUUUCCAAUGCCCGACUUGCCCGAAGACGUACAAGUAUAAGCGAAAUCUCUACAACCAUAAGAAAUUCGAGUGCGGCAAACCGCCGGGCUUUUUCUGCCCGUUCUGCGAGUACAAGAACAAUGAAAUCUUCCCUUGCCCGGAGUGCAACAGGGUGUACCGACGGAAGUCGAGCGUGAAAUACCACAUGAGAUACGAAUGCGGGAAAGAGCCUUGCUUUCAGUGCCCUUUCUGCAGCCACAGGUCGAAACAGAAGCAGAACCUGAAGAAGCAUGUGUGCUUGAAACACCCUGAACAUGCGGCCAGAUUCACAACGAUGGUCCGAAGGACUUGAGAAGUUACUUAGAUUGGACGUGCCAGAGAUGUCAAAAGCCAUACAAACACAAACGGUCACGCGACGCCCACCUUAAGUACGAAUGCGGGAAGCCACCCC